AUGUUGAGGAAGAAAUCUCUAACACUGCCACUGAUGGCAGCUUUGGUGACACUAACGGUGCGUUUGCUCACCUACAUGCUCAAGGAGCACCUUUCACUUCCGUAUCAUUUUGGCAUCACAACGCCCAAUACCGGAGCUGAAACGUGGAAAGAGGCUGUCUUUUGGAAACACCAGUUUGGUGUUGUGCCAGACUAUCUUGUUGCUGUGGUGCCCUGGUACGUAGAGUACAUUCCACUCUUGCCAUCUGCGGUGAAUGUGAGCAUUUUGUGCGUGUGUGAUGCCGUGACUGUCUUUUUAGUCAGUCAAUGGCCAUCGGCUGUUCCUCAACUUGUUUUUACGCUGUUUGUUCUAAACCCAGCCAUGGUUCUCUUGCCGGCUCUGGAAUCCUUGGCACCCUUAGAACAUCUGAUUCUCACUGUCAUCAUUGAAUGCUGUCGAAGAAGACGAAGCCAAGGCUGGUUAAUCUAUGUUGCGCGGAUUCUUGCACCUGUACUGGGAUUAUAUUUCAUUGCCCUCACUGUAGCUUUGUGGUUUCCUGUCGGGACUUCAAGUUCAAGAUCUGCGCUUGUUGGGGUCCUUCUGAGCGAGCUGAUUGUGGGCGGGUUUGGUCUAUUUUACCUUGUUUCCUGGGGAAGCGUGAGUGCUCGGACGUCCCUUUACUCACCACCUGACAAUGGGGUGAUGUGGUAUGUGCGCCUCCUCAUUAUUCCCGUAUUUGGGCAAUGUAUGGAGAUAUUUCAACUUCAGUUACCCGCGUUUGUGACGCUGCUCGUCGCGGUUGCAUUGCCUUCUAAGGUGCCGGCGAAGACGUUGGCGUACGCAAACUCUGUUCCUGGGGACCGAAGGCUGCUUGUGGUUUUGUUUGCUGUUUGUGUUAGCAAGCUCUGUCGUUGUCAUCUCGCCCUUCCGGAUUAUUCACUAGGGGUUUUCUUCAUCUAUUCCCUUUUGGAUACAACGGGGAGAAACGGAAAGGGAGGAAAAGAGGAGUCGAGGCAGUCCAUGUUUGACUGCAUUCGCUCUGCCAAUGUCUUUGUGCCCGUCUACACUUUGUUGCUUGUAGUGCCGCUUCAGUACAGUUUUUACACCGGCUGGGUAAUGUGGGACACGGCGAAUCCCAACUGGGUCUUUUUUCCGCAAGUGGCAUUUGUCGUUGUGGGGGCAAUCUUUAUGCUUACAUUUCUGAGGAAAGCGUUUGGCGUCAUCAAUGCAGAGACAGUUGCUGGGGAUAAGCCAAAACAGUCAUAG